UUAGCAAUGAUUUGAGAAAAUAUAUUGGGGGAGGGGUGCCAUUCACCCUGGAUUUUGUGAAGGAGUGAACGAAUAUUCGAAAAAUCUCUGUCAUAUAAAUACCACUCAGCUGAAAAUUCUUAGAGAGAGAAAGUGAGGGAGAGAGAAGAGAGAAGAGAGAGAGAGGAGUGCCCCUAAAGCGAAGAAGAAGAAGAAAUCCUCUCAACCUCUCCUUCUCUGUCUAACUUUAGUAAUAAUCCUUCAAAAUACCCAAAUUCAAUCAUUCUUAAAAAAAAAAAAAAAAAAAAAACAUCUCUGUACGUAAUUUACAGAUUCAUGUAUCUAUAUUGCCUCUUCAAUUCCUUUUUCACGACGGCGAAAUCAAUAAUUUCGACGAUCCAGAUACAGAUGAAUCGAAGCCUAUAAGUUAGUUUCGUUGAUUUUUUAUUUUUUUGAAUUUUUUAUUUUUCCGUCGAGGAGAAUGGAUGGAAUCGCCGAGAAAGUGAGUGUGGUCGAUGGCGGAGUGAACAACAACAAUACGGCGAAUUCCGGUAAGUUUCCGUUGACGGCGUGGGAAGUGGCGGUGGCGAGCGGCGUCGUAUUGGGGUUUCUGUUAGGGUUGGUUGGGGUGUACCUUACGAUGCCCGCAUCUGAUUACGGCUUCCUCAAGCUUCCCCGUUCUCUUCAGGAUCUUCAAAUCCUCAGGGAUAAUUUGGAGAGUUAUACGAGCGACUACACGGUACAGGUUCUAGUGGGAUACUGUCUGGUGUACGUAUUCAUGCAGACGUUUAUGAUACCAGGAACCGUGUUUAUGUCAUUACUGGCUGGAUCGCUUUUCGGUGUAAUCAAAGGCGUAGCUCUCGUUGUAUUCACAGCUACUGCCGGUGCUUCUUCUUGUUUCUUCUUAUCCAAAAUCAUUGGUCGACCCCUCGUCUUUUCUUUAUGGCCUGACAAAUUGACUUUCUUCCAGUCCCAGGUGGCUAAAAGACGUGAAAGCCUUCUGAACUACAUGCUUUUCCUAAGGGUGACUCCGACACUGCCAAAUACGUUUAUAAACGUCGCUUCACCGAUUGUAGAUAUUCCUUACCAUACCUUCUUCUUGGCUACUUUUAUUGGCCUCAUUCCUGCUGCUUUUGUUACUGUCAGGGCUGGAAUAGCUCUCGGGGAGUUGCAGUCGGUCGGAGAUCUGUACGAUUUCCAGUCUAUAGCGACUCUGUUUCUGAUAGGUAUUGUGACUGUUACUCCCACUUUGAUUGGAAACAAGAACAAAAAUAAUGAUGCUUGUGACAUAAACUCCAAUGUACUGUAAAAAAAAGCGUCACCUCUCUCCUCUUCCAAUCAGCUCUCUCUCUAGCAGUGUUGUAUCCCUCUGUCACAGUCAAGUAAGAUUAGCACCAACGCUUAGCCGAUAUGUGUUGUUAGGGUUCCUCUCAUUUUUAAGGGAAGUUAAGGGUUCGAAUCCCUUUGGGUGCGUCUGUUGUAAUUGCAAUUCUUUUUUUUAAAAAAACAUUUUCUACAUUCAACAGUAAGAUUAUAGAAGAGGUUGAAGAGAGGAUAAUUGUACGAGAAUUGGAGGAAAUGAACAAUGGACAUAUAUCACAUAUGAAGUGCUUCCCAAUUGUCACAGGGCAAUAGCACCAUUUCUUUGUCCAUGCUACAUUCAUAACGAAGAAGAAAAAAAAAUAUUUCGACUA